GGAGCAGCAGCCAUGAGCCAGGCAACCGCCGCCUCUCUUUCAGCAGCACAAGUAGCCGCCGCGUCCGCUCCCGCCUCCCGCGGGGCUCCCCAGCAGCCGUCCGCCGCCGCCGCCGCCGCCGCCGCCCGCGUCUCUCCCAGCUCGGCGGGACCAUGAAGCGGCAAAACGUCCGGACUCUGGCCCUGAUCAUCUGCACCUUCACUUACCUGCUGGUGGGCGCCGCCGUCUUCGACGCCCUGGAGUCCGAGGCGGAGACGGCCGACCGGACUAAGCUGGAGCAGAAGCAGCUGGAGCUCAAGAGCAAGUACAACCUCUCCGAGGCCAACUACUGUGAGCUGGAAGGGGUGGUGCUGAAGCUGAAGCCCCACAAGGCCGGCGUCCAGUGGAAGUUCGCCGGCUCCUUUUACUUCGCCAUCACCGUCAUCACUACCAUAGGCUAUGGACAUGCAGCCCCUAGCACUGAUGGUGGGAAAGUCUUUUGUAUGUUCUAUGCGCUGCUGGGAAUCCCACUCACCCUGGUCAUGUUUCAGAGUCUGGGCGAGAGGAUCAACACUUUUGUGAGGUACCUCCUGCACCGCAUCAAGAAGUGCCUUGGCAUGAGACGGCCAGAAGUAUCGAUGGCCAAUAUGGUCACCAUUGGAUUCUUCUCCUGCAUCAGCACCCUUUGCAUUGGGGCUGCUGCAUUCUCCUACUAUGAGAAUUGGACCUUCUUCCAGGCCUACUACUACUGCUUUAUCACCCUCACCACCAUUGGUUUUGGAGAUUAUGUGGCCCUUCAGAAAGAACAUGCCCUCCAGACCAAGCCCCAAUAUGUGGCCUUCAGCUUUAUCUACAUUUUAACUGGGCUGACAGUCAUUGGGGCCUUUCUCAACUUGGUGGUGCUCCGGUUCAUGACUAUGAAUGCUGAGGAUGAAAAGCGGGAUGCGGAACACCGGGCGCUGCUCACCCGCAAUGGACAGGCCAGCAGUGUACAUACUACAGACACUACGGCAUCCUCAACCGCUGCUGCAUUAGGGGGCAUAGGGGGUGGUGGAAGCAGCAGCGGUAGAGGAGGACUCCGAAAUGUUUAUGCUGAAGUUCUCCACUUCCAGUCCAUGUGCUCCUGCCUCUGGUAUAAGAGCCGGGAGAAGCUGCAGUACUCUAUCCCCAUGAUAAUCCCCAGAGACCUCUCCACCUCUGAUACCUGCAUGGAACAGAGCCAGUCCUCCCCCGGGCAUUACCCAGAGACUCCAUCCAACAGAUGCUUCUGCAACACUCAGCGUUCAGCCAUCAGCUCUGUUUCCACAGGACUUCAUAGCCUCUCGGCCUUCCAAGGACUUAUGAAGCGGCGAAGUUCUGUGUAAAGACUAGGAGCCCUUUUACAAACUCUCCUUUACUACUGAAAAAAAAAAAAAAAGAAAAGAAAAAGGCAGGCAUGAAAACCCAGGUGGAGAUAAAUGGCAAUGAUACAACUUAGAAUUUAUAAAAAAAUAAUUUAACCAUAAGAAGGAAGGAAGAGCAUGCGCCUAAGGGAGUGCGCAAUAAACUGAUGGAUCAAGCAGCGGGUUGGUUAUGAGGGGCAAUCUCCUAGGGAAACUGAACCGCCAGAGUCUCUAGAUCAAGAUCUAGUAGUGGAUUCUGUUAAGUUCUUCUGAUGAUCGAAGAAGGGAGAAAUUCAAGCUGUCCUUCCAAAGGUCUGGCAACACUAAGUUGUCUCUUCUCCCCAAGAAGGAGGCUUGGCACUCCUGUUGCUGGUGGAAAUUUUAAACUUGUUUUGCAGCAACUCCACAAAAUGUGAAACUUGAAAAUAAGGCUUUGUGCCCUUGUAAAAGUGUGUAGAACAGGGUGAGGUGGCUCUCAAAUUGAGCAUACAAUCUUAAUUUGUGCCAAGGACUGAUGGAACGACCUUACAUUCCCCCCCACCCCACCCCCACAGGCCAGUCCAAUAAAGUGGGGUGAAAAGAGAGGAAAUGAUGUUAAGUACAGGUUUUUCCCUCCCUCUCCGUUUAUUUUAUUCCAUCCAUUUCAAAGGGAAAGGAGGGGUCUCCUUGCUUGCUUACCAUUGAAGGGCCUUCCAUAAAGGGGAAAACCUUUAUGUAGGAGAAGUUAGAAAUCUUAUAGAGGAUGAAGAACCUGUUCCUGAUUAGUUAAUACAUAAAAAAGAUCAAUUACAAAUGGCAUGGGUAUGGACACACAGAGUGGCUUUUGCUACAUGGUUUGGGUCAAAUAUCAGCAAAAGCGGCUUCUUAUUCAUUAUAUCCCAUUCACAAGUGACAUUUAUUACUCUACCACUCUCCAGAGUACAGCACUGUGCAAAGCAGUAUCCCAUUUGUAUUUCUGUGUUCAUGUGUACACAACAAAGCCCGUAUGCUCUUUUGCAAAGCUUUCACAUGUGCAAAUCCACUCUCAAAAUCUUGCCCAACUUCCCUUUUCUUACUAUCCCUAAAUCUCACUGAAUAGAUUUCAAAAAUGUCUUCUAUAUUUCCCCCUUUCUAGACCUUUCCCCCAUUCUCAUAGGCUCCCAGGAAGGAAUGCCAUUACAGUAUACUUUCCCCCCUCAAAUCCACCAUUUUUGAGUAUGUGAAAUAUUUAACUUCUUCACAAAUGUGACAAGGUUGUAGCUCUAGCACUGUCUUGGCUAAGACAUCUUUAUGCUAUGGUGCAGCAAGAGUCUGAUGCGAUGUGAAGGCAGAGCCUACUCAAAUCUCAUCAUUUCUCUAUAACCCAAAUUUCUAUUCUCCUAGGAUGUGCUAUGUCCUCUAAAAGUUACUGCAUUUCUACAAAUCAGAUGAGGGGUGUGUAUCGUGGGCCUCACUGCACCGAAGGGACACAAUCCCAGUUUGCUAACCUGGAUGUUUUAUAGCUAAUCUGGGAGGAUUGAUUUAAUUGGAAACCAACCAUUCAGUCUUGACUUUAACCAUUCAUUAUGACUUUAAAAAUAAUCCACAUGUUUGCUCAUAGGCUAGGCCAGUAUUUCUGUCAUUGAUUGUACAAGGCAAAACAUAUGAGGACAUGAUGGAAUUGUUCACUGGACUUCUUCAGCCUAGCAUGCAAUUGCAUCUUUGAAUCCAUAAUGAAACAAUGCACAGAGAAAGAUUAUUAUGGGAAAGAUAAGGUUUAAAUUCUUCUCCAGUGCUCUCUUUCUAGUGUUUGACCCCAUUUGAAGAAUACUUCAACUGCUGAUUGAAAUAUGUAAUCCAGCCUCAUCCCCCCCUCCCCCCUCUCAGUUUGUUGCUUUAUGUCUUGAGGGCAUCAGGCUAAGGAAAGCUAGUAGGAUUCAUUAAAGAAAUCCAAUAUGCUUUUCACCUCCUGAUGCAAUUCUUAGUUCAUAACCUGGGGAAAUUGCUUAAGCAGAGAUUUCAAGAUCUAAAAUUAGUGAAUGAAUUUUGCUACUCUCACGAGCUGGCUAUUUUUCCUAUGAUAGGGAACACGUUCUGUGAUUCCUCUCAUAUUUCUUCAAGUCCUAGGUCAUCCCCUCUAAAACAGCUCUAAGGCAUCUUUAGAUGGUCACAGUGAUUGGAGAUGGGCUCAAAAAAUACUCUAAUGAGAGCCAUAACUAAAUAUUUGUAUUAAUUGGAUUCUUUCCAGCAGAGCCCCAAGAAUAUACAAUAGGAUCUUCAAAGCAAGGAUACUGUCCCCAUGAC